UCACCGCCGCCAUGGUGCCGUCGUGGGUGAUCACGUACGCGUGGAGGAGCUUCCACGGGGACCUCCUCGCCAGCGGCACGAUCGUGUUCAGGGGGAGAUCCGUGUUCCGCCUGAGGGAGGAGCUGGCCGGGCGGCUGGGCCUGGGCGUGGGCCUCCUUGCAAACUUGGGCGCCGACGACAUCGUCAUGUGCCUCCCCACACGUGAUGCCCGGCUUUUCCCGCUCGUCGUCGACCUGCCCAACAGCCGCCAGAGCCUCCACGUCGCCAUCGCCAUCACCGAGACACCCACCCACGCGACGCUGCGGUAUGCGGAUGUCGAUGCAGAGUAGAGAGAUGCCAGAAACAGGGCCCCUAGCUAGAAGUCGCCUUCAAAAGCGUCACCGCCUCGGAUACGAUGACAUUAGAACCCAGUUCCUUCCGUUGAGAUAUGGGUUCAGGAAAACCCAACAUUUAAUGUGUUUCUGCUAGCUAAACUUUGGUUUGUUCUUCGGGCAGUAUAUAAGAAAC